UACACUGGACAAACAGCGAUAGCUAGGAUUUCUGACGGGAAAGGAGACUGUGGGUUGUAAUGGGUUAGGGAGAACUACAAUUGCGAAUAAAAGUUUACGCUUCCCUAAUAGUUACUGUAUGUGAACAACUAGUACACUGGUACAUGUAGGGCUGCGCUGAGCGGAGUAUUUUAAUAAAGCUGUGAAUCUGUGAGUAAAAUCUAAACGUGGAAAAUCUCGGCGAGCGAGAAGAGACGAGGAGCGAGUUGGAUUUUUAAUAAGGGGAACAGUGAUAGCUAUCUAACGUUAGGUCUAAUUGUAUCCUAAGCAUUUAUCAUUCAUUCGUUUUGCGAAAAUAAGCUGGUGGAUAACACAUUGAACAGAAACAACGCGCCACACUUUGGGAACUUUUCAGAACCAAGGAGAGAAGCAGGGCGGCGAUGUUGGGGGUAUGACGGAGGUAGGUGAGCUUUAGGGGCCGAAUACGGCGCCAAUGGCCGAGCUUCAGCCAAUCACAGCGGAGAUGAAGGGGGAGGAGCUGGAGCCGGGUGCGUCGGGGACCCACCUGGAGAACGGCGGCAGGUCACCCCGGGACCCGUCGCCCCCUGCUGGCUCGGGGGAGGAAGCGCAGCACGAGACUGGGGAGCAGGCGCCUCCCGCAGGCUUGGGGGUAGAAGCGCAGUGCAGGACUGGGGAGCAGAUGCCCCCUGCAGGCUCGGGGGAGGAAGUGCAGCGCGGGACCGGGGAGCAAGCGUCCCCUGGGGGUCUGGGCUGGGACGUGGCCCCCCAGGACGAGGGCCAAACUGAGGCCGAGGUCUCGGAACAGGGCGAAGGGGAUACGGUUGCUGAGUCAGCGACCGCAGACAGCGCUGCGGCAUCCCGCAGUUACACAGACCUGUCCCACACGCACUCCCAAUCGCUCUCGGACCAGCUGCUGAUGGGCCGGGACAACCCCGCCGCCGCCGGCAUCAACGUGGAGUGCCGAAUCUGCGGGGACAAGGCCUCGGGCUUCCACUAUGGCGUGCACGCCUGCGAGGGCUGCAAGGGCUUUUUCAGGCGCACCAUCCAGAUGAAGCUGGAGUACGAGCGCUGUGAGCGUAGCUGCAGGAUCCUGAAGAAGAGCAGGAACAAGUGCCAGUACUGCCGCUUCCAGAAGUGCCUUCUGCAGGGCAUGUCCCACGAUGCGAUCCGGUACGGCCGCAUGCCGGAGGCGGAGAAGCGGAAGCUGGUGGCCGGGCUCCUGGCCGGAGAGAAGGGCGGCCAGAGCCCCGGCCGGUCGGACCUGAAGACCCUCGCCAAGCGCGUCAACAGCGCCUACCUGAAGAACCUCAACAUGACCAAGAAGAAGGCCCGCAGCAUCCUGACCGGCAAAACCAGCACCUGCACGCCCUUCGUCAUCCACGACAUGGACUCGUUGCGGCAGGCGGAGAACGGGCUGGUGUGGAGUCAGCUGAUCCACGGGGCUCCGCCCAACAAGGAGAUCGGGGUGCACGUCUUCUACCGCUGCCAGUGCACCACCGUGGAGACGGUGCGCGAGCUCACCGAGUUCGCCAAGAACAUCCCCGGCUUCGUGGACCUCUACCUCAAUGACCAGGUGACGCUGCUGAAGUACGGCGUGCACGAGGCCAUCUUCGCCAUGCUGCCCUCGCUGAUGAACAAGGACGGGCUGCUGGUGGCCAACGGGCGGGGCUUCGUCACGCGCGAGUUCCUGCGCAGCCUGCGCCGGCCCUUCAGCGAGAUCAUGGAGCCCAAGUUCGAGUUCGCCGUCAAGUUCAACGCCCUGGAGCUGGACGACAGCGACCUCGCCCUCUUCGUCGCCGCCAUCAUCCUCUGCGGGGACCGCCCAGGCCUGAUGAAUGUGAAGCAGGUGGAGGAGAUCCAGGACAGCAUCGUGCAGGCCCUGGACCUCCACCUGCAGGCCACGCACACCGACUCGCUGCACCUCUUCCCCAAGCUGCUGCAGAAGAUGGCCGACCUGCGGCAGCUGGUCACCGAGAACGCCCAGCUCGUCCAGAAGAUCAAGAAGACCGAGUCCGAGACCUCACUGCACCCGCUCCUGCAGGAGAUCUACAAGGAUAUGUACUAGGCUAACGUUUAAUUUAAACUCCUACGCAAAGACGUGCUAUUUUCAAUCAUAUAUAUAGUGUAAAUACAUACGUGUGUGAGUGUGUGAGAGAGAGCGUGUGUGUGUAAUUUGUGGAAAGAGGUUCGAGCUGUGGACUGAACUGUUACGUGGUAAACUGCAGAGACCUUCCACAGAGGGACCUGUUGCAGACUCGCCCUUUUUAUAUUUGGGGGGGGGGGCGAUGGGGGCUGAGGUGUAGGUUGCUGUUUCAGAAUUGCCGGUUUUUGAAGAAUUCCACAGACCUGGUGCUGCUACCCACAGCUUCCCUUUCCUUUUUCUUUUUUACAGAAAUAAUCGUCACCGUUUUCACAGAAAGUGAUUUUUACCGCGCGACUCAUUAAGGAUUUUGUUUCAUGUUUUACGGUGUUCCUUCGGAAUAAGCGGUAAAGGAUAAUAGGUGUUAUAGACUACAGAAAUGAACGCAGUUUGUGGGGUAAUGCCACCUUCCAAAGCGUUUAUGCAUUAAGAAAUGGAAGUGCACGUUACAGAGGGCCGGGGAAGGCGGCGGGGG